UGGAUGUAGCAGAGUCCUGUGUAGAAACUGGUGGAGAUGGUGGCCCGAGGAGACGGGAGCACAACAACAACACUUGGAAAGCAGAAUUUCUUCAAGCAGAAUGUGAAGGAAGAUACUGGCAAGGUGAUACACUCCGAGAGCAACAAGCAUGAGUUCACUCACGGUCUUCAUUGCAUACAGCAUUUCUCCUGUGACAGUCCUGUGCGUUUCAUGAUGUAUUCUGAGGCUGCUGCAGCAUUCAUUAGCUUGCAUUCAGACAACACAGUCUGUCUUUAUGCAGCUGAUGGCCACAAGCAGAGUUCCUCAGUAAACCACUUUUUCAUGGGCCUCACAGCGACAAAGAUCUCUGGCUGUCUGAUAGGUUGGGGCCCAGGUCCCAUCUUCACGCUUCUUGACCAUGAGUUACGGCCCCUUGACGCUGCUCGUGAUGCCCUGGACAUACGUGUGUGUCAGCCUGCAGAGCACUCCACAGAGUUGGUGACUGCAGGUGUGGGGAAUGUGUGUGUGUGGUCGGUGAGGCUCAUGAGGUGUAAGGUGAAGAUACAGGAGGGGCUGCAGAACAGUACAUUCAGUCACAUGGCAUUGGCACCCCCACGAUCUGACAGGCCCCACAAGGCCUUCGUUGUGUGUGGGCGGAUUGUGACAGUGGUUGACUUGGACGUUGGAAAGGUUUUGGAGCACAAGAGCGAUCUCUGCUCAUGCGAUAUCACUGCAAUGGUGUACUGCUCUCAACUGGACUGUUUGAUCAUUGCAUCCAAAGAGUCCAUUAGAGUGUGGGAUCCAGACUGGGAGCUGCGUGUGGCUUUUGUAGGACAUAAUGAUGUGGUGAAUUCACUGUUCUACUGCUCUGAACUACACAUGCUGUUAUCAGCCUCUGUAGAUUGUACAAUCCGUUGCUGGAAUGUGGAAGAGGGUGAUGUGAUUGAGUGUGUCCACACAGAACCGAAAACCCCUCUUUUGUGCGUGGGAGGCACUAGAAAGGGAGAUGCGUUCUUUUCCUUCUCUCACCAAGGAGUGCACCUCUGGACCCGAAGAAACCUGUACAACCUCCACUGUAAACUCAAAGAGGAUGAAGGAGCAUCACUGAGACAAAUCCUAGUCUCACCUUUCCCUGCUCCUUACCCUAAAAGAGUGCUCUGUGUCAGCGGGGACAGUGAUGUCACUCUGGUGGCUGCAGAAACAGGAGCAGUGUUGACUUCUUUCAAGGCAAAGCGGAGGAUUUUGUGUGCUGACUACUGCCUGCACAAAGAGAUUCUGUUGGCCCUAACUGAGGCAGGUACAGUGAUCCAAGCCAACACGCUCACUAAUCCAAUCACUUUGAUGAAGGAGUGGAAAGGGAGAGGCCAGGGGCCCUGGCAGCAGCAGGGCCAUGUGACAGGGAAUGAUGCCCAGAAUCUGCCCAUCCCUGGCCUGCCCUGCUGCCUUGUACUCUACAGUUAUGUUGCUGAAACCCAGACAGCUUUAGAGGAGUGGAGGAGUUUACAGGAGAGAAGGGGGUGCAGUUACAGGAACAAGGCAACUCUUAAUGAUGCCAAAAAUAGGUUUUUGAUCAUACUUGGCCAUAAUGGAGGUUGUGUGACUGUUUUAACACUGGAUUAUGGGAAGGUCUUGUACAGGACGUCAGCACACAGUGGCCAAAAGGUCACUGCACUACAAGUGUAUCCUGAGGAUGGCUGUCUUCUCUCCACAGGUGAGGACUUGUCAGUGGUGGUGUGGAGGGUGAACCCCUACGCCCAGGAGUGUGUCAGCCAACAGCUGAGGCUGUACUGUGGCCAAACUCAAGUCUACAUGGCAGCACUGGGGCCUCGGCUGGCUCUAACCUUUCAAGAGCCCAACAGUGGCACCUACAGUCUGAUGCACUUUAACCUGCUCAACCAGAGCCAGACCAGUCAGCCACCCAGAGAAGGACAUUUAGACCACUUCACAGGUCUGUGCGUGUGUCCUGAUCUGGAGGUGUUUGUUUCCAGCAGUUUAGAUGGGACAGUGCAUAUCUGGAAUGAGGAGAAUCACCUCAUCAGGACACUCCAGCUCAACACGGUGCCUGAGUGUCUGGCUUACAGCGGGUCUGGAGGGGAUCUGUUCCUGGGCAUCAGAGGAGACCUGUACAGAAUGAACUGUGCAAAAUUCAUGCCAGACAAAUACCAACAAAUGCUCUUUUAUACUUAUUGUGCUGAGCGUCUUCCUGAUAAGCCUAUCAAUGAGGACAAAGAAAAGUGCAUCAAAAGAAAGACUGAUCACACUGCCGAAAACGUGGAAGAGGGAUCAAAGGCAGUUGCCACCAAUCAAUUACUGGCCGAAGACAUGUGGAGACAGAGGGGGUAUGAGACAUUACUGACCUUAAACAAGGACCUUUCUGCACUCCUACAAGGCACAGUGAAGUGCAAAAAAGAAAAACCUCCCAGUACAGUGCAAACCAGGAAAGAGGCUUUUGACCGCUACAUGAAAAUAAUAUAUGGCCUACCCCACAAUAUUAAGAUUGAUUUGGAGGACACCUCCGACUCAGAUACAUUUUCAUUUCUUCCUGAACCAAAAUACAACAAGCCCUGUAACCCUCCUCCCUUAAAAGAGGACGUCCGCCCUGAAACUAAAUUGAUCAUCCCUGUGAUUGUGGAGAAAAAGACGGAGAAAAAGGCUCCAGCAGCAACCUCUAAACCAAAGACCGUGAUGGAAGUCAAGCCACGGUCUGUUGAGAGAGUCGUACCCAAGAAACCCGAGAAACCCAAGAAACCCGAGAAACCCAAGAAACCCAAGAAACCGAUCAUUGUGAAGAAGGAUGAAGAGCCUCCAGAGAUCAUUCCUCCAAUAGAGAAACCCAAACCCAAAUUUCAUGCUCCACCUCCUCCUCCUCCUCCUCCUCGUCCUCGUCCAAAGACCCCAACACCGCGUCCACCCACCCCUGAGUUGCCGUCAUUCCUCAAACAGUUUGAGGACGCAUGCUGGUUUAGAGACUUGAUCCCCGAUAAAAAGAGUAUCCCAAGCACCCUGUCUCCAGAGGACUUCUCCUUGCAACUGCUGGUCUAUCUAAACACCUGCAGCAUUCCGUCCAAAAUGAAGAUCCUCGCUUCACUGAAGGCCCUGCACAGCCAGGGACUCUUACAGAAUACAGACAAGCUUUACCAAGGCCUCAUUAACUCAGUGCCUAAAUUUGUGAGACCACAAAUGUCACCUUUGGAGCGGUCGGUGCUUGUUGAAAUGUUGAAUCUGUUGCUGCGUCUGAAAUCUGCCAGUUACGACCUCGUGAAAAAGCUUCUCACUCUUCUGGCCUUUAAAAAACUGCUCCUCCGGAAAACAGUGCUGCCAAUGCUGAUUACAUUAGGUGUAGAUGAGGCUGAGCAGUGGCUGUGGCCAGAGUUGGAGAGCUGGGGCUCGGAGCUGCAGGACAAAUCUGACAUCUGGAAGAGCCUCCACGACAGAGCAGAUGGUUGGCUGGACUUAUGGAUCUCCAAAUACAAAGAUCACAACAGGUAUCAGUGCCUCAGGAGUGUGGAAAAGCGGAAUCUGCCAUCCUCCAGCGUGAUGGAUGUGCUGAAUUAUUUCUGUUUCGUCCAAAAAGAGGAGCACAGAAAGGCUCGAUGUGUUGCACCUGGUCACAAAAACACUGUACUUGUGCCACUAAAUGACUGUUCUCAACCAAUCAUUCGUCUAGGAGAGACUUACAGCAUGUCCAGGAUACGCAAGCCGCCAGGAAUAAUUCUACCUCCCCUGCGAAACCGUCCUUUCCUGAUGCACUGUCCCAUUUUCAUCUCUUUCCCAAUAUCUCGGGUCACCCUGAGCCCCUUCCACACCUACUCAGACGAGGACUGGCAUAAGAUCUUACCUCGCCGCUACUUUAUUCUUGAGCAGUCGUACGUAGACUACUACAGAUGAUGCCUCUUAGUCUGUAACAUUACCAUUAACACCCGGUGAGACAUGUAACAAACAUUAUUUUGAAAAGAUGUUCAUCAUUUUCAAUAAUUAAACGACUCUUGGAACUGC